AUGAAUAUAACCAGUUGCCAUGUUGUACCAAUAUUUUUCGUAAUAUUUCUAAAGAUCUGUACGUCCAAAUUGUGCUACAUUAACAGAUUACAUGUUGGAAAAAAAGGACAGCCUCCUCAAAAUUUUCCCCAAAGUGUGCAUCAAAUUAGUGCGAAAGAUGUAAAAACGAGUGAAACGAAAGGAAGAAAUCGGGAUAAAUUAAAUCUCACAAAGUUGAAUGGCACCGGUGGGUUAUCGUCCAGUUGGGGCGAGAACGAACAAUUCGACGGGGGAAGACGUUGCUCUAAAGAAACCCAAAAGGUAUCAUGCAAUUUGUCAUGUAAUCUCUCAUGCAAUCUGUCAUGUACACUGCCUAUCAACCCCCCCUGGCACGGUUAUCAUCCGGCUGGGGAAAAUCCCCCCGACCAUGUUACAAAUCCGUUAAUUGGGCCCAACCGAUUCGUGAACAAAUAUUCAUUCUUUAAAAAUGACAAUGCGGAGUAUCAGCCCUUCCCUAGUGAGGGAGGCAGCCAUAAGAGGCGCACACCAUUGUGUCAGGGAACAAAUAUCCUCUUCCAUAAUAUCCCCCUCCAUAAUAUUCUCCUCCAUAAUAUUCUCCUCCAUAACGUGUUUCAAAACGAAGCGGUGAAUUUACACCUACAUAACGUCUACCUAGAAAUCAUUCGAACCGUGCAAAGUACACUCAGGAGUAAAAUAUUUUAUGUAGACGUUAAGGAAGAGUUGCGCAAAAGGAAAAAGACCAUUAUGGACAUGCUGCACCAAAUUUAUGCACUAAAAAAUAGGAGAAAUACACAGAGUGAUGAGAGCCAAGAAAAGGGCAGGACAAAACUUCGCAUUUUAUUCAUAGGGAGCAACGAGUUCAGUUUGUUAUGCCUUAAAGUGAUCACGUUAAUAAUAAAGUACGUAAGAAAUGAUCUAGUGUUAGAUCAUGUUAUUACCAAGAGCCCUAGAAAAAAGGGAAGACAUUUAAAGUUCAAAAAAUCGCACAUCGAGGAGGAAGCAGAGAAAGAGAGAAUAAAAAUUUUUUAUUACGAUAAAAUAAGGAAUGACACAUAUUUGCUAAAAAAUAAAACCUUCGAUUUGUGCAUUUCUGCAUCGUUCGGAGAAAUAUUUAAUGCUUCCUUUUUUCAGAACAUUGGUGCCAAUGUCUACACCUUGCACCCAAGCUUAUUGCCACUCUACCGGGGUGCAUCCCCCAUUCAGAGAAGUUUAUUAAAUAAUGAAUCGAUUUUUGGGUACUCUAUAUUUCUCACCAAUUUGCGCAUCGAUGCGGGCCCUCCUUUGAUAAGAAGUGGGCUUACAUUUGAUCAAGAUUUCAAUUUUAACGACAUAAUUACGAUAUUGUUCACCAUGGGGUCAUUGCAUUUGAUGACCCAUAUUUUCUUCCUCGCCAAUUACAAAGUGGAUAGCACGAACGGGGAGUUACAAUCCAUAGGGGAGUCUCCCACCCCUUCCACGAUCUCUACACAUAAUAAUUACGAUCACUUAGACGUUAGCCAUUUGCUAUAUGAUGAGGAAAAAUAUAUCACCCCACGUAACGUAAAAAUGAAUCAGUCCAUGCUGCAUACAAACAUUGGGCAGGAUAUAAUGAAUCAAGCUUGGCUGAGAAAUUAUCUCAUGGUCCCUUCGACCCAUAAAAAUAAUAGCUACGCACCGAAAAUAAAAAGUGAAGAAAGGUAUGUUUGUUUUUUUUGUUCAACCGCCCUGCACAUUCAUAAUAAAGUGAGGGCGUUUAUAAACUGGCCCAAGGUGGAAUGUACCUUUUUCUUCGUCCACAAGGGUGGCCUCAUGGCCAUGGAGGUGAAAUUAAUUAAAACGUCCCACGACUCGGGCGACCAUAGCAGCCGCCAGGAUCGCCACCAAUUUAAAGACGCUGACACUCUUCAGAGCCACAAGUGCUUCGACGGCAUCCCGCGCAAAAUGGCAAUUUUUAAUAGAGGGGCCAUAAACAUUCUCUGCAAGGACAAUAGCCAGCUGAAAAUUUACAAAUUGCAGCGGAAAAACAAGAAAAUUAUGGACGCUUCAUCCUUUUUUAAUAGCAUCAACGGAGUCGAUCUGCUGUACUAG